CUCUUCUCCAAGAAGCAAGUGACACAAAAGAGAAUGGUUUUCAUCGAGGAAACGUCGCUGCUAUCUUUUUGGAUUCGUUAAUCAGGGUGUGACAUGCUGUUCUGAAAUCGUUUUCAUUGACCCUUGCAUGUCUGCUCUCGCUGUUUCUUCUGUUCAUCACGCCAAAUGAGACUUUUGAAAAGACCCGGCAAACAAACGACGCUCGAUUUUCUACUUUUACCUCUAUUUCAGCCACGUCACACGCAGGUGGAGUUCCCCUUUUUCUCUCUUGCGCCUCGGUCUACACACCAAACUUUUCCACGUUGACGCAACUCGCGCGCUUCUUGUACACUGCAUUUUUCUCUCGAAUUCAAACCUAGUCAGGCCACUGUUUUUCCUUUUUUUUUGACUCCGACUCAGGUCUCAACUUCUUCUUUCAUCAUCGCCGUCCUUUCUCGUAUUUACCCGCUGCUUUCUUACCAUUCUGGGCUUGUCAUGUCUUUCCGUCCCUCCUGCCCGUAGUUUUCCCUAGUCUUCCUUCUUCCAUCCUUAGUCCUCUUCUUCUUUUCUCCUCCUUGCUUCUCUUCUCACUCGGCACAUCGAGGUCUCAGCGCCCGAACUGAGAAGGGAGGCCCUCGUUUCCUUUUGUCUGUCUGUCUCCGCCAUUUCCUCUUUCGAUUUUCCGACCUCAUUUAGUUUAUGCACAGACGAAGCAAGGCAGCAGAGGGCCGUUCCCAGACACACCCUCUGAAAGAGCGUCCUCUUUCGUCGCUUCCUUGAAGGACUCUGGAGUCUCAGCAGAAUUCCUCUCGGAGUCAGCCUCCCCUCUCAGCAGAAUUCCUCUCGGAGUCAGCCUCCCCUGUUUUCUGUCUUUUGUUUCUCGCCGUCUAGUUUCUCCUCGAUUCAAUUCUCUCUAUGUCUGUUUUUCAUAUGCGUUAAAUUCUCUUUGCGAGCGUCCUGUCUGAGCACGAGAGAGGCGGCCUCCUUUGAGCGACCGGGCUCGCAGCUUCUUCGCUGUCGCGAUCUCGCUUCUCUUUUUUCCCGCCACAACUCUUUCGUUUAUCGCUUCUCGCUGUUGUUUUUUCUCCUCUUAAGUUCGCAUGUUGUGGCCUCGCACGCUUGUUUCUUACCUCGUGUUCUCAUUCUCGGUUUCUGUUGUCGUGUAAAGUCCCGUUUUUCCCCCAAGCCUGCGUUUAGAUCUGCUCUUCUCUGGAGCCGCGCCGUUCUCUGCGAAAUCCCCUUCCCCGUCUCUAUCCUUUCUCGAAUCUCUCUUCUGCUGCGUCUGUUCUCCCUCUCGGCUCUGUCGUGAGGAAGCGCGCUCUUCGUUCUCUUUCACUUUGUCGAAAUGCUGAAGUUGUACGGCGUAGGCCGUGGGCGGCCUAAGCAGGUCUCUUCCUCGACGUCGCAGAACAACGCAGAGGCGUCAUCUUCUGCCUCCCCGAGUUCUUCAGCUGCUCCUCUCUCAGGAGACACUGGCAGCAGUUCGGGUGUCUCUGGCGCUUCUUCAGCGUCUGCAGAUCCUCAAGAAAGGCGUCGGUUUCCCGGAGAGAUUCGCCUGCAGAAAGAGCUGGAGGACUUAGAUCUUCCUCAUCAGUGUGUUCUUACUUUCUCGUCUUUGGAGAAACGCGGUGCCGCGGAGGCUUCUUCUCCUCAGCUGCUGGGGAACAGCCUGCUGAACAUGCAGUUGAAAAUAUCUCCCGACGAUGGAUUCUGGCGAGGCGGCAAGUUCCUCUUUUUCAUUGCCAUUCCUGCAAACUACCCUCAUGACCCGCCGAAAGUCAAGUGUAUGGACAAGAUUUACCAUCCGAAUAUUGACCAACACGGUAAUGUGUGUCUGAACAUUCUACGAGAAGACUGGAAGCCUGUUCUCUCCAUCUCGUCCGUCAUGUACGGCCUCCUCCACUUGUUUCUCGAGCCUAAUCCGAGCGACCCUUUGAACCAAGAAGCAGCGGCUCUGCUUCGGUCGAAUCCCUCGGAGUUUCAGAGACAAGUUCGGCGAACUCUGCAUCUCUAGAGGCUGUUUCGGAGAGGAAGGAUUUGAAUCGCGGACGCGGAGGAGAGGGUCGAGGAGAAGGUGAGGAGCAGAGAACUGCGUGUGACGUUUUUCGCGGACUUUGAAAGGAACAGCGAAACACAGGGCGUAAGAAGGCGGAAACGUCGAGAAGAAAGCUGAUGAAAGAGACACCUCCAUCUGAAAGGGUAAGGAAUUCUUCUCUUUUCUGGGGGAGGGGGGGCGCUUCUCGGUUUUUCGAUUUUUUUUCUUCUUGUUUGCGUCUUUGCCGACAAAAGAGAACACACAUCCAAGAGGACAAGCAAAACAGACAGAAUGUGCUGCGACUUUCGAGCACUGAGCGAACCCGUGGGUGUGGCGGGGUGCGCUCUUCUCCCCCUCGUUUGCCUCUCAACUUCCUGCAAGUAGAGAAGCGACAAAAUGUCACACGACCGUUUUUCUUGCUGGCCUUUUCUCGCUUCAUCUUGUGUUCCAUCGUGAUGCGGUAUUUGUACGUCCUACUAUUCUUGAAGGUGGUAGCGAUGCCCUCUCCGCAUGGGCUGCUGACGACUGUACACAGUCACUUUUUCGCUUCUCCUCUCGGCAUGGGCCGAGAUGCCUCAGUGCUCUUUGCUUUCGAAAAGUCAAGUUCCUCCAAAACGGUGUUGAGAGAACGCUCUCGGGCAGAUCAAGAGGUCCCGUAAAAAAGUAACUUUGUCCUCCCGCGAGAACCCAAGUCUAGGUCUGCUUCAUCUAGGGGGAAGAAACUGGCAGGAAGGGGAAAACCAGAAAACUGAGGGCGAAGUACCUCCUAGGCGGCUGACUUCUCUGGAAACUCCGUUCAUAGAAUUCGAAAGAGCGUUCACUGUUUUUCAUUUUUGUCAAGUAUGAGUGAAUCGGGAUUCGUUCACCUCGCCAAGGCGUCGAUAGCCUUGAAAGACAUGACAGUUCUGGUACGACUGAGAAGCGUGGUCUGUUUCUUUCAGAAGGGGGUUUUAGACCAAUAAGCGGUCGAUGCAUGCAUCUCAGACGAUCUUGACAAGCACUGGUAGCUUUAUAUGGAAGGAAAAAGACACGGCAAUUCCAGAGCGGUUGGGACAGGACACCAAACCACAACCGCUCACAGCUGGCCGAGCCUGCUUCUCGUUUUUGGCGAGAACUUUUGUGCUGCAACGAACCUUUGCAUUCCCUCAGACUUGUGCACAGUUUACAGAAAGCCGUGCGAACUGUGCAUACCCUCAAUGCAUGCCAGUAAGGAGUCCUUGACAAAAUCCACGAGACAAAAAAUCGAUUUAUACGGUGGAAAGUACACGGCAAGGACUAACUGAUCUCUGUUUUUAGUGCCGGCUUUGUACGGAGGAUGCGAUGUGGGCAACAGUGCCGACCCCCCAGGGUGGGAAAUCUGUAGCGAUGAUCAACCGUCAUCACUUUUUUCAUGAAUGUGCCUGUCCCCCGGAAAAAGGACACUGCUUGUGACCGUGACUCAAGGACAUGUCUGUCAGAAAAAAGUAAAUACGAGACAGGACCUUAAAAGUUGUCUCUCUCUGACAGCAAGCUCAGGCCGGUGAGGUACUUCUUCGCGGAUAUCCGCAGUCUUUUCAAGACGCUUAGACGAUUUGCGCACGCACGGACAUUCCCUAUUUUCUCUGUG